AUGGAUACCUUGUGCAACAAGCUUUCAACUAUUUGGAAGUUCAUUGAAAAAUGGGGAGUUACCUCUUUUGGCAAAGAAUUUUACGAGUUUUCUUUCUCAUUCAUCGUGGAUUUGCAAACUGUGAGAGCCUCGAGGGCAGUUAAUAUAGCACCCGGUGUUCUUAAACUAUUUACCUGGACUAAGGAUUUUAAUCCAAGCUUACAACAACAAUCAACAACUCAGGUGUGGAUCUAA